GGAUGUUAGGUAAGCCAUUUCCUCCCUUUCUCCAACUGAAAACCUGGUUCAACAUUUAUUCAUUCCUUUAUUGAACAAGUAUUCCUUGGCACCUAAAGAAACCAGGCCGUAAGAGGUGCUAGGCGUUGGGUGGAGAUUAGAGGCACAAAGAUGAUCUGGGCCCUUAGCUGCUCUCUGGGAAUGGAGAGCCCAGUAAAGGGAUGGAGAUCUCUGAGCAGGCGUGGUCAAGAGGAGUAUGUGCUAUUUCGUACCAGCAUCCAUCCGUGCAGUGCCGGGCAGUAGAGAAGAAGGGAGGUCAGUAGGAAGAAGAGGGCUGGAAAAGGAUUCCCAGAGGGAGCCUUCUCCCUAACCGCCCGCUCCCCCGCAUUCGCACGGCGGCGCCCCGAGGCCAUCAGUGUCUCUGGGAGAGCCGGCCGCGCUCUUGGCUCGCGGUUUCUUGGCAGGGCACGAAGCGAGGACCACAGAGACGUGGCGCCCUCCGCCGUGCUAGAGAAGCCGGAGUGGCAAGAGUGCAGCGGCCUCCACCGCUCCCGUGUGGAGCUCUGGCUCGCGCCAAGCGUGGGGAGCAGGCGUGGGGCUGGCCCGGCUCCCGGGGCGUGGAGCCUGGGACUUGCACCGCCGGCUCCUGGGCGCAGGGCCGCUGUCUCCGACCCGCCCCGGUCCGAAGCGUCCCUCCCCGAUCCCGGGCAGCCCCCGGUCGGCCUGGCGCGCUCUCGCUGCCCGGCAGGGCGGCCCGGGCCAUGGCAGCUGCGGCCCUGGCGAGCGGGGCCCCCUUCGGCCCUGCCCUCGAGCUGCUACCGGGACAGCCCGCGCCGGCCCGGGCGCGCCCGGUGAGUGCGGGGCCGGCGCCACGAAGCUGGCUCGGCUCUGCCCGGGGCUCUAGGCCCACACGAGGGGCGGCGGGGGCAGUGCGGCGACCGGGAAAUCGGGGUGCAGCCCAGAGUGGAGGGGCCGGAGGAACAGGCAGGGAGCAGAAUGGAUUCGACAUCCCCCAGACUUGCGCCGGCAGGGGAAACACGCGUGCAACUGCACAGGCAUGAGCCCAGCGCUGGGGCAGAGGUGUUCACAGAGCGCUGUGCGCCACGACGAAUGUCCAGCAUUUCCAUGUCCCUGGUUUUUACAGAGCUGGUUAUGUUUGAGGUGGGUCUUGAGAUGACUCUGAGUUUGCCGGCGCCGGAGGGAGGAACUGCAUCUCCAGGCACGGGGAGCUGCAGGUGCAAGGACACAGAUUUAGGCAAGGAAAGGAUUUGGGUUCCUAACAGGAAGGUGACAGGACAGGGGGUGAGGGUGGUGGUGCGGGUAAGCGGGGUCUCUGAAUAGGCAAUGCGAUUGUUUGCCGUGCAGAGGAUUUGGACGUUUUGAGGUGCAGGCGUCGGUGAGCCAGCCGAAGUCUUUGCGCCCCGGGGUGCUGGGUGAGUCUGUGUGGGGACUUUGUAAGGCAAGGUCUGAUGUGAAAUGCAGCAGAAUCAGCCUCACCAUGGAGAUUGAGAUCCUGAAUGAGGCGGUAGCUGGGAAUGACAAGCCUUGAUGGCUUUACCUUAGCAGUGUUUGUGUUUCUUAAGGAAGAAGGUAAGAGGGGGUGCAGAAGCUUGGGCUCCCAGAGAUACAGGAAAAGGGGACAUUAACACUGGAAAGUGGGGAAGAAAGAGUAGGGCGGGGCAUUUGAGAGAGAGUGCUGGAGUGGCAGAAUGCAGGGAGUCAAGUCAGAGUUGUCUCUGCCCGUUGGAGGACAGCCUCCAGAGCAGCCCGGGUGUUCUGAGGUGCCCUUAGCUGCCUCUGUGGCUGAUGACAGUGAGGGGGAGGGACGAGAGAAAGAGCCUCACACAGGGGCAGCAGGGGUGGCAGGAGUGAGGAUAGAAGGCAGUGUGGCACAGUAAAGAAGAGCCAGAGAGGCAGACAGCCCUGAAUUCUGUCUCCGUUCUGUAACUUUGGGGGCAGUGAAUCUCUGAGCCUGUGUCGUCUUCUAUAAAAUGUAUCUAAUCCCCGCCUCGUAGGCUGUGAGGCAUUUACAGAGUAAUAGAGGUAAAGUGCCGACGUAGGCGCAAUAGUUGCACUUGUUUUCAAGGGUUGGUGACCUCUGACGGAGAGUCCACUGUGGGGAAAGGAGGGCACCUAGAGCAGCAGGUAGCUGUUCUGGGCAUAAGGAUGAGAAGGGAAAACUUGCAGAGACUCAUGAAAAAGAUGAGAGGAUGAAGAGACGUGAGAAACUGAUGGCUGAUCCCUUAUAUCUUUGAGUCAGUGACCUUCGAGGAUGUGGCUGUCUACUUUUCUGAGAACGAAUGGACCGGCCUGGCCCCCGCUCAGAGGGUCCUGUACAGGGACGUGAUGCUGGAGAAUUAUGGGGCUGUGGCUUCCCUGGCAGCAUUUCCAUUUCCCAAACCGGCUCUGAUUUCCCAGCUGGAGCGAGGGGAAGCACCGUGGUGCAAGGCUCCUCAGGGAGCUCUGGAUGGAGAGGGCCCGAGGGGCAUCUCCUCAGGAUGUCUAUUUCUAAAGCCUGCUGGGAUCUCCCAUCUUGAGCAGGUGGAAGAGCCGUUGAACCCGAAACUGCAAGGAGAGUUUCCAAGCCUAAUCUGUACUGAGGGUGUGUUGGAGAGUGAGAAAGAAGAUUUUAUUCUGAAGGAGGAACGUUUUGAGGAGGCAAAGGAUCACAUGGUGCUAUCAAGUGGACCCCGGUGGCGUGGCUCCCAGGAAUUCUGGCUUGGAAAAACCUGUGAGGAGGAAAAAAGCAGGUUAGGGAGGUGGUCUGACUACUCCAAUGGGAGAAGUGUGGAGAACACUGCAAAUGAUAUUAUAGAAGUGAUUGUCAAAGAUGAGAUGGUCUCAGGAGAAGAUAGUUCAGAGAAUGCUAUUGUUAAUACCCACCUUGUUAUACAUCAGAAAAUUCUCAGUGAGCAGGUAUUCUAUAUAUGUGAAGAAUGUGGCAAGUGUUUUGAUCACAAUGAAGACUUUGACCAACAUCAGCGAAUUCAUAAUGGAGAGAAGGUCUAUGGAUGUAAAGAAUGUGGGAAGACUUUCAGUUUUAGAUCACACUGCAUUGCACAUCAGAGAAUUCACACGGGGGUGAAGCCCUACGUGUGUCAAGAAUGUGCUAAAGCCUUCGUUUGGAAGUCAAACCUGAUUCGGCACCAGAGAAUACAUACUGGAGAGAAACCCUUUGAAUGUAAGGAAUGUGGGAAGGGCUUUAGUCAGAACACAAGCCUUACACAACAUCAGCGAAUCCACACUGGGGAAAAACCAUAUACAUGUAAGGAAUGUGGGAAAAGCUUUACGCGGAACCCUGCCCUACUUCGACAUCAGAGAAUCCACACCGGGGAGAAGCCUUACGAAUGCAAGGACUGUGGGAAAGGCUUCAUGUGGAACUCUGAUCUUGCUCAGCACCAAAGGGUCCACACGGGGGAGAAGCCUCAUGAGUGUACUGACUGUGGGAAAAGCUUCAUCUGCAAGGCGCACCUUAUCCGACAUCAGAGAAUCCAUACUGGGGAAAGACCCUAUAAAUGUAAUGACUGCGGGAAGGCUUUCAGUCAGAAUUCUGUUCUGAUUAAGCACCAGAGGCGCCAUGCUAGAGAGAAACCCUGUAAUUGUCAGUCCUCUCACCUUCUUGAACAUUAGAGAAUGUGUAAUGAUGG